AUGGAGGGUGAUGAGUUUCACCUCCAUUGGGGGGAUCAAGAUGUAAAGUCUAACAUAGAAGUGUCUGAAGAAGUAAUAUGUGAACUAGGAAAUGUGCAGACAGUACCAUACUCCAAUAUGACAGAAGAAGAACUGAUAGAUAAUGCAGAUAAUAUAGCUGCAGAAAAUUUAGUUUAUUUAUCACAAGAUGUAGUGACUUACACAGAAUCGGCAGAUAUUGUUUCCGACCCUAGUGUUGAAUGUGUUACAGAGGAAGUUAUCACAGAUGACUGGGUCAUUACUGGUGGCCAAGAGAGAGUGGAAGUGCCUUUUGAACAGUUUGUACCAGCACAGGAAAUUAAAAUAGAGAAUGACCUUGAUGUGCCAUUACCAACGGAUCAGGAUGAGUACACAGCGAUGCGACCGUUUCCAUGCGAUUUCUGUUCUCGUCGAUUUCGAAAGAAGGCAGCGUUAAUGAAUCACAUGGUGGCACAUCAGAAUGACAGACCUCAUGCGUGUAACUUGUGCGGUGUGCGUUAUGUACGCAAAUGCGACCUUAUGAAUCACCUCAAAGUGCACGCGUUUAUUCCAGACGUUACUGAACAAGUAGAAUAUCACAGCAAUGAUGAUGAAACAGACAGUAGAUCAUUAGCUAUGCCAAAAAAGAAAAGAGGAAGACGGAAAAAGAAACCAGAGCCUAACGGUGUAUUAGACGUAAACAUGAGAUCUGCGCGCACGCAGCAAUGGUCGCGUCGUGGUCGCACGCCGCCAAAAUCCCCCCCUACUCCUCCAACACCUUCACCACCACCUUCGCCAUCGCCUCCUCCGUCACCUCCCCCGCCACCCGCGGACCCUUCGAGACCCUUCGUCUGUCGGCACUGUGGGGUUGGAUUCGCUAGAGAGAAAGCGCUUCAGUCGCACGCCAGGAUACAUGGUGGAGAUUCACCGAUGGAGUGCGGUGAGUGUGGCGAGUUGUGCUGGUCUCGGGAGGCCCUCGCUUCGCAUGCGGCUCAAAAGCAUCCACACCUCUCUCAUUUGCCAAGAUCUAACAAACACGAACCUUACGACGAUAAUUCGGGAGAUGACAUGGACUUUCGACUGUCUCCGCUUGGUCACAGCGGAAGCGAAAACAGCGUCCGUCAAGUAUUGGUCUAUGACACAGUUCGGGGUCCUGAACUCUUCUGUCAGGUCUGCGGCGUUGCGUUCCAGCGGGCUGACUUACUACGGAGGCAUGUCACCGCUGCCCAUAGCUACAAGCGGCACGAUAGCACUAGCAGUACCUGGGAACAAGAGCACACGUGCGACGUUUGCGGGGAGAGCUGUCCAGACGCGUUGACGCUGCUAGCUCACGCCGAGAGACAUACAGAGCGACACCGCCCUAACUCAAAAUUUAAAAAGCUUUCAAAAGGUCGAAACGCGACAUCCAGUAACAGUUCAAGACAAUUUCCUUGUAGGGAAUGUGGCAAGGUGUUCGGUUCGCGCAGCUCUCAGCAGAUUCAUGUUCGUAUUCACACGGGUGAGCGUCCCUACGCUUGUAGAUUUUGUUGGAAGGCUUUCGCCGACGGUGGCACUUUGCGUAAACACGAGAGAAUACAUACAGGUGAGAAGCCGUAUGCUUGCGCCGUGUGUCCACGGGCGUUCAACCAACGAGUCGUCUUACGCGAACAUGUUCGCUCGCAUCACUCGGCCCCAGACCGAAGAGCUAAUGGUGGAUACCAGUAUUCAUGUGGCGUGUGCAGUCAACCAAUGCUGAGCAGCGCAGCUCUAGUUCAGCAUCUUAUACAGCACUGUGACGAUAAUACUGCGAUGAAAAGACAACCACAUUCCGGUCCUCGAAAAUAUAAACGUCGACGGAAAGUAAAAAUGGAGCCAGCAUCGUCGCCGACUGGUGAGUGGGGCGAGUCGCGUUCUGUGGGCACGUCCCCGCCCCCACGCUCGCCCUCCCCCGAACCUCCGCGCCCCACACCGCCGCCUCCGCGUCGACGACGACGAGUGGCGCCUGUGCAAGUUGCCAGACCGCGUAUGAUACACACCUCUGAAGAGACCAGGGCGAGAACGAAACAAGUACGUACGCGUCGACCGCCGCGUCAUCCAGCAGAUGACCUGCGAGCGAUCGCUCGCUCAGACUCCCCUGCCCACCCUACGGCGCCUUCACCUGUUGUCACGCCAUCACCACCACAAUCUCCCAGUUCACAACAGUCCCUCGAAGAGGGUCCUUUUAAAUGUGAAAUGUGUGCAAAGGAAUUCCCGAGGCGUGACGCACUAUUACUGCAUGUCCCUGUACACAUAUGA